CGGAGAGAGCGGCGGGUAGGCGGGGCGAGCGGAAGCUUCCGGCGGGGCCCGGCAGGCGCCGAGGAGGAAGAGCGAUCACGCACGGUACAUCUCUCAGCCUAGUCUCCGCGUUGGCCAGGAUGGCGACUUCAGGCGCGCUGUUUCCAAGCCUGGUGCCAGGCUCCCGUGGGUCCUCCAACAAGUAUUUGGUGGAGUUUCGGGCAGGAAAAAUGUCGUUAAAAGGAACAACUGUCACCCCAGACAAAAGAAAAGGGCUCGUGUACAUUCAGCAGACGGAUGACUCCCUCAUUCACUUCUGCUGGAAAGACAGGACGUCUGGGAACGUGGAAGACGAUUUGAUCAUCUUCCCUGACGACUGUGAGUUCAAGCGCGUGCCGCAGUGCCCCAGCGGGAGGGUCUACGUGCUCAAGUUCAAGGCAGGGUCCAAACGGCUCUUCUUCUGGAUGCAGGAGCCUAAGACGGACCAGGACGAGGAGCAUUGCCGGAAAGUCAACGAGUAUCUGAACAACCCACCGAUGCCUGGAGCACUGGGGGCGAGCGGGAGUGGAGGCCACGAGCUGUCUGCACUGGGCGGCGAGGGCGGCCUGCAGAGCCUGCUGGGGAACAUGAGCCACAGCCAGCUCAUGCAGCUCAUCGGACCCGCCGGCCUCGGAGGACUGGGUGGGCUGGGGGCCCUGACUGGGCCAGGCCUGGCCAGCUUACUGGGGAGUGGAGGGCCUCCGGCGAGCAGCUCCUCAUCCAGCUCCCGGAGCCAGUCAGCAGCGGUGACCCCGUCCUCCACCGCCUCUUCUGCCCGAGCCACCCCAGCCCCUUCUGCUCCAGCAGCUGCCUCGGUGACCAGCCCGAGCCCCACGCCCAAUCCAGGUAAUGGAGCCAGCACGGCAGCCAGCCCAACCCAGCCCAUCCAGCUGAGCGACCUCCAGAGCAUUCUAGCCACUAUGAACGUGCCGGCCGGGCCAGGAGGCAGCCAGCAAGUUGACCUGGCCAGUGUCUUGACGCCCGAGAUCAUGGCACCUAUCCUCGCCAAUGCGGACGUCCAGGAACGCCUGCUACCCUACCUGCCCUCUGGGGAGUCACUGCCACAGACCGCAGAGGAGAUCCAGAACACACUGACUUCCCCCCAGUUCCAGCAGGUAAUGCCGCGGCCCAGCUGCCUGUCUUUACCUCGGCGCCCAUCACCAAGAGUCCCUGGCCUGCUGCCCGUGGCCCCGCCCCGUGCUUGCUCAGAGACGUCUGGCUCUUCUUUGCAGGCCCUGGGCAUGUUCAGUGCGGCCUUGGCCUCAGGGCAGCUGGGCCCCCUCAUGUGCCAGUUUGGCCUGCCUGCAGAGGCCGUGGAGGCCGCCAACAAGGGUGGUAAGUAUUGCUCCUCCGCCUGCUGCUAUGGCAGGACUUGGGGUCCUGUGGUUAAAGGCACAAGCCUCCUUGUUUGCACAACAUAGGGCUGGCUGUCCCCAAGGCCCAGGAAGUUGGCCUCAGGCUUUUCAAUGCGUUGUAGAUGUGGAAGCUUUUGCCAAAGCGAUGCAGAACAGUGCCAGACCGGAGCAGAAGGAGGGCGAUGGGAAGGACAAGAAGGACGAAGAGGAGGACAUGAGCUUGGAUUAAGUUAUUUGCUGUCUUUUACGGGCAGGGCUCCUGGCUGUGUGGGCGAGCAGUGUGUUUGUGGGCCGUCGCACACCCUCACACCUCUGUUCUAACUUGCUAAUAAAUAAAACUUUUUUCUUUUAUCUGCCAA